AUGGCGGAAGAGUACAAGAACGCUUCGGAGGAGUUCAAGAACGAGACCCCAAAGGUUGCCACCACGGAGGAAUCAUCUGCGACGACGGCAGAGGUUAAGUCUCGUGGACUGUUCGACUUCUUGGGGAAAAAAGAGGAAGUGAAACCUCAAGAGACGCCGGCGACGGCGACGACGACGCUUGAGUCAGAAUUCGAGCACAAGGCUCAGGUCUCGGAACCUCCUGCGUUUGUGGCGAAGCACGAAGAAGAGGAAGAGAAGGAGCAUAAGCCUACUCUCCUCGAGAAGCUUCACCAGAAGCACGAGGAAGAAGAAGAGAACAAACCUAGUCUCUUACAAAAGCUUCACAGAUCCAACAGCUCUUCUUCCUCUUCAAGCGACGAAGAAGGAGAAGAUGGUGAGAAGAGGAAGAAGGAGAAGAAGAAGAUCGCUGAAGAAGAUGAGAAAACAAAAGAAGAUAGAAAAGAGGUAAUGGAGCAGAUCAGAGAGAAGUUUCCACACGAAGCAAAGACAGAGGAUGAGACUCCAAUCAUGUCCACCCUGCCGGUGACGAGAGAGGAAGCGGUAGAGCACCAGGAGGAGAAGAAAGGACUGAUGGAGAAGAUCAAAGAGAAGCUUCCAGGUCACAGCGAGAAACCAAAGGAUUCUCAAGUGGUCGACACGGUGGCUGCAGUACCAGUGACGGAGGAAAAGGUGGAGCAUCCAGAGGAGAAGAAGGGACUGAUGGAGAAGAUCAAAGAGAAGCUUCCAGGUUAUCACGCCAAGGGUACUGAAGAGGAGGAAAAGAAGAAGACAGAAAAGGAGUCCGAUGAUUAAGAAAAAUAAAGAUGUUGGAGUGGGACAUUUGCUGUGUUUCUUUGAUGGUUUUCUCUUGUAUCUUUAUGAUGUGUUCUGUAAGAUUUUGUGUCUUUCGUUGAUUUGCAUUUGCGCCUCUGUAUUGUAAUUUCAUUUUAUCUUUUAUAAAGUUUUUAUUGUGUGUUCUAAGUAACGUUUACGUGUGA